UAUUCGAGGCGGCUUACGUGCUGUGUAUACCGUGGUGUCCCUCCCCGGGUUUAAAACGCAAUACCAAAGCAGUUAGGCAAAACGUUCGGCACGCGCACCAUGUGUAUUGCCUCGCGCAAGGGACGGUCGCCAGCAGUCGUCGUCGGAUCAGCGUCGUACUCGCACACGCGUUUUCCGCGAUCAUUGUAAUAACCAUAUUGUCGUCGUCGUCGUCGUUAUCGUAUUUAUAAUAUUAAUUAUUAUUCGUUAUCAUUAUUAGUAUUAUUAUUAUUACCAUCAUUAUUUUUGAUGACGAUUUAAUAAUUUUUAUCAAUCGUUCGCCAACCUCUCUUUAACGACUUCUGCUGACUGCACGAUUACACGCCACUGGGCCGGAGAAAACGGUAAUUUUUCAUCUCUUAUCGUUUUCACCAAUCUUUUCCGUCCGAUGUGCACGGACUUCACCGAAGCACACCGCCGACGACGUAGCCACCGCCGUCGCCGUACCCGAGAUGCUUCUCCGAAUGUGGCUUCUCGUCCGUAUCCCACCGGCGGUGACGGCACACACCGGUCACUGAUCAGCUCGGUCCCGCAGCCACGACUGUCGCACUAAAAACAUUGGAACAGCACAACGUCGCGAUGCAUCAAGAACAGUUCGUGUACUCAGCGACCGUGGACGUCCAGCAGUACGUUGGCCCGUACAGGUUGGAGAAGACUCUGGGCAAAGGACAAACAGGUUUAGUGAAGCUCGGCAUUCAUUGCGUCACUGGGAGAAAUGUAGCAAUAAAAAUAAUUAACCGGGAGAAGCUGAGCGAGUCGGUGUUAUUAAAGGUGGAAAGGGAGAUUGCUAUAAUGAAACUCAUAGACCACCCGCACGUGUUGGGCUUGUCAGACGUCUACGAAAACAAACGAUACCUAUACUUGAUACUGGAACACGUGUCCGGAGGCGAACUUUUUGACUACUUAGUUAAAAAGGGAAGGCUGACGCCCAAAGAAGCUAGAAGAUUUUUUCGACAAAUCAUCUCUGCAUUAGACUUUUGUCAUAGUCAUUUAAUAUGCCACAGAGAUUUGAAACCGGAAAACUUGUUGCUAGACGAAAAGACCAACAUAAAAAUCGCUGACUUUGGUAUGGCGUCCUUGCAACCCAACGGCAGCAUGCUCGAGACCAGUUGUGGUUCUCCACACUACGCUUGCCCUGAAGUCAUCCGAGGCGAGAAAUACGACGGGCGGAAAGCGGAUGUUUGGUCUUGUGGUGUAAUAUUGUAUGCACUGCUUGUCGGCGCGCUGCCAUUUGACGACGACAACUUGCGCCAACUGUUGGAAAAGGUGAAAAAGGGCGUUUUCCAUAUACCGCAUUUCGUGCCACCGGAUUGUCAAAACUUGCUCCGCGGCAUGAUUGAAGUCAACCCGGAAAAACGGUUAACCUUGAAAGACAUAAACAAACACUCGUGGGUUAUCGCCGGAGGUAAAGGAGAAGUGCACUUAGGUAUGUCAAUGAUAGACGUCAUACAAACCCACAUAAUUCCGUCCUCAAAUGACUUAGACACCGACGUUCUACAAGCCAUAUCAAGUUUAGGCUGUUUCAAAGACCGAGAAAAACUCACCGCCGCUUUGUUGAGUGUCGAUCAUAACACUGAAAAAGUGAUAUAUUUCCUAUUGCUCGAGCGCAAAAAACGACGACCAGCUAAUGAGGACGACACGGUUGCAGUAAAAAACACCAAAAACAGCUUCGACCCGCCGAAAAAGAGAGUUGAUACGUGUAAAAUGAUCGACGACAUCGAUAGUAAUUUUUCUCAGAUAAGUGCUGGAUCUCCUGCUACGCCGCGAAAACAAAUGUUACAAAAUCGCAUCUACUACAGGAGAGGAAGUUACAACAACGUAAGUUCUGCGGGCGGCAACAUGUGCAGCGGUUCGAGCUUAGCCAGUUCUUCGACCUUAGCUGGUAUAUUAUCACCCCUUCCCCAAAGGUCAAACAACUCAAACUAUCGUUACCACAAUCACCACAAGAGCCAGCAGUCGAAGAACUCAUCGAUUUCCCCUCACGGCAAUUACAUUUCUGCGCACAACCAGUCGUUGGACACGAACAGCUCAUGCUCGGCAGCCGUACCCCCGUCACCCGUACACCACGCGAAGCAGGCAAAAGUCGAAGUACCUUCAUCUCCUAACCACAUGGUCAUCUGUACGCCUCCGGGGUCGCCUCAACACCUGUCUAAUCAUUGGAAAUCGAGACUUACGUCGAUACGCAAUAGCGUACUGGGGUCGCCAAAAUUCCACAGGCGUAAACCUCAAAUGGACAUGGAUACGCCAUAUAAACCGACACCAGAAUCUUCACCAGAACUAACGAAAAAAUCGUGGUUCGGAAGUUUGAUGGCUUCUGAGAAAGACGAGACGUUCACUAUUUUGAUAACAGGAAAACCGUUAUCCACUGUAAAGGCUGACUUAAUCCACGCUUUGCUUUCGAUUUCCGAGUUGAGCCACACCGUAAUUAAUGCGCUGUCGUUCCGGGUUGAAUACAGACGUGGAUCCGGCGGCACGGCCAUGUUUCAGAGGCAAGUGCGAUUUCAAAUUGAUUUAUCGGACGUCACGAACACGCAUUCUCCCAGGGACUAUUUGUUCGCCAUCAUAUUCACGUUGCACUCCGGUAAUAUAAGACGUUUCCGGAGGGUCUGCGAACACAUUCAGACGCAAAUGUGCGCCCGGAAAGCGCCAUCUUCGCCCCGGGCUACUAGAAAGUUUAACACGGACUUAUCGGAAAGCUCGAGUUGCGGAUCAGACACGUCCGAUCGAUUAUCGCCAUACGUAAAUAUAAGAAACAUCGAAUCGGACAGAGACGAAAAGAAUAAGAGACUGAUCAGCCACCAGGACGGCAAAGGCGGUUACUGCAUCCCUAACAGCCGGCAAAGGCGACGGAGUUCGAGUCUGGCCAACAACAACCACUUCAACGGUAGCAACAACAAUUCCAUGGCCAACGCACCGGCCGCAGCCAACGGCCGCAACGUGGCGCCGCCGCCGACGAGAUCCAACAGCGAGACGAAACCGGCCGACGGCGCCUACAUAUCGGUGUCGGGAUCGAUGUCUUGAGGCCGACAACCAGAAAAAUAAUAUUAUUUUAUAAAACUAUAUAUAUUCCAAUGUUUUUUUUUUUUUGGAUCAGUCCGGAUUAAGGGGUGGGGAACCACAAGACUUGACAUUUUUUUUAGGGGCCUCUAAUUGUUCACAUUUUAAAUUUAUGAUAUUUAAAUCAUUGCCACCUACCUACUUAUUAAAUAUAUUACGUGUAAAAGAAAAUUUAUAAUAUAAAUAAAAAUAUUUUUUUUAACACAAAAUUUAGUUUCUGAAAACAAAAUACUAAAUACUUUUUAAAUGUAGACGAUAUGAUACAACAACAGCUAAAAAACAAUUUUUAUUUGAAUAUUACUGUGAGCUAUAUAUUUUAAUGUUUUAUGAAAACCAAAUAAUAAUUAUGGACAUUUUUUUAUUAUUUUACAUUGGGGACUCUAAACAAUUUAGCCCUGGGACCUCAAAAAACUUAAUCCGGGCUUGGAUCAGUGUACAUGUCGUAUAACAUUAUUAUAAUGUAUAGAGCAAAAUUCCACCGGGUUACUGUAAAAUAUUAUUAUUAUUAUUAUUAUUGUAUAGUCGAUAAAAUUAAUGAAAUAAAAAAAUGAUCGAUGGUCACACGGAAUCUGUUAAUGUGAUAAUAAUAUAAUUAUUAUUAUUGUUACAUAAACAUGUGUAUAAAUCCAAAUGCCAUUUGACCAUAUUAUAAUAUUAGUAUGUGUUAUUAGAUAUAAUAAUAUGUUUUUGUAUUGAUCGUUUAUUAUUUUCGCUUAAUGCACGAGCAACAGAAACGCAUAAUUAUUAUUAUAUACUAUUAUUGUUUUCGUAGGUAGUCGUUUUAGAUUCUGAGCGGGAAAAUGCUUAUUAUCGCUGUAUAUUAUUAUUAUUAUUAUCAUUAUUACUAUGUAUGGUUAUUGUAUUUAUUACGGUAAUAAUGUAUUAUUGUGAUAUAUUAUGUUGUGUUUUUAUUUUUGUAUUUGUUUUGGGUAAAAUGUGCUUAAUUAUUUUUGUGGUGGCGUGGCAAUUACCUAUAUAUUGCGAUGAGCGUUUCGAAAACUAAGUCAAGUUAACACUGUGCGCCGUGCGUUUGUCUGUUGUAUAGAUCAUACUCCAAUGUAUGACGAUUCGGGUUUAUUAGCUGUACUUAUAUUAUUAAAUACAAAUAUUAUGUAUAUUAUGAUAAUGUCAAAAAAAGAUUUUGCUAUUUAUUUUUUCGAACAUAAAUAAAAAAAAAAAAAAAAA